AUGACAUCGCUUGGGCAGUUGAGAGCUAAUGGCUUAUCCCGCCAGCUGUUCAAUGGCGUGCAUAAGAGUGGCGCUUAUCCCUUACAGAUAAGUCGGCCGGCGACACUCUCCGCCAUCCACAGGGGAGUGCGGCGAUCUGAGAGAGUCCAAUUCGGGGACCAAUACAGAGACCGAGAUUCCUCGGGCGGAGACAGAAGUGAUAGAUUGACAAGGAGAGCACUCGAAGGCGCUGCAUCUCCUCGGCAACAGCAGAAACUACGCAAGAAACUUGGUCGAAAGGCAGCUGAGGAAGAGGACGAAGAAUCCGGCAGAGAGACCAGACGCAAGCGCUUCCUCAAUCCAGAGUCUGACUAUGGGAAAAAGAGCCUAGUUUAUCAACUGAAACAUGGGGCAUUCAAAGACCAGGCCGCUGCCCUCGUACAAGAGCCCGUACGUCCACUGCCAUAUCAAAGACUAGAAACCAGCCCACGGCGCAGGACGGAAUCUCCUCGGUUUGUGUCAGAGCGCUCAGAGAGACCUUUUUAUUCCGAUAGACGUUCGGUUGGCCGCUCCGAGAGGCUGUCUUAUUCUGAUAGACGUUCGGUUGGCCGCUCCGAGAGGCCGCCUUAUUCUGAUAGACGUUCAGUUGAGCGCUCCGUAGGGCGUUCAUCUGAUCGCCCCUUUGACCGCAGAGACGACACUGAUGUGGACGUGGAAACGCCGCAGCCUCGCGAGAGGAGGAAUCAGAUGAUGGCUAUGAACAUCAAGUAUACAACCGCCGCGUCGCAGUUUCUCUAUGGCAAGUCUGUUGUGAAAGCAGCAUUAGAGCAGGGAAGACGAAAGCUUUACAAACUAUUCAUCUACGGAGGCGAGAAUCGAAAAGACUCCAAAGACAACGCCGUUAUCACGAGGUUGGCGGAGAGACGAAGGGUCCCAAUCACCAUUAUUCCAAAUGAGGACCAGAGAUUAAUGGACAAGAUGAGCAUGGGUCGACCACACAACGGCUUCGUUUUGGAAACUUCACCCCUGCCUCGUCUGCCCGUGAAAUCUCUGGGGAGACUCGAAGAGACACUGGGAAAGCUAGGGUUUCAUGUUGAACUGGAUCACCAGUCAAAAGAGGAAGAAGAUAUCAACGGUCAUGAUACGUUUAUCCCACGGAAAAACAACAACGCACCAAAGCCCUUUGUUCUUUUGCUCAAUGAGAUCCUAGAUCCAGGCAACCUGGGAGGUAUACUUCGAACGGCGAGCUAUCUUGGUGUCGAUGCAGUGGGCAUCACAAAUCGCAGCUCAUCUACACUCACCCCGGUUGUGCUCAAGUCCGCGGCUGGUGCCGUGGAAGAGAUUACGAUAUUCAGCGUCGAUUCGCCCGUCAGCUUUAUAGAGGAGUCACGAAAAGCUGGAUGGAAGACAUAUGCCGCCGUCGCCCCGCCAGACCCCAAACUCGCUCAGAGGCACGGAGACAAGUUCAUCUCAACAGCCACCGUGGAGGCAGAACAGCCGCUCAAUAGCCAUCCCAGUAUAUUGGUUCUGGGGAAUGAAGGCCAUGGCCUAUCCAAGCCAAUCAAGGUAGCGGCCGAUUACGAACUAUCGGUGCCGUACUUUGUGCAAAACAGCUGCGUGGAUAGCUUGAAUGUCAGUGUCGCUGCUGGCUUGCUCUGUCAUGCCUUUGUGAGGGCACCAGCCAUUGUAAACUCAACGGCCGCAAAGGAUGAGAAGGAGACCUUGACAGAAACGGUAUCGGGAGCCGAGAAGAAGGAAAUUCAAGACGAGAAAGAUGCUCUUUUUUAA